AUGGCGCUCCUCAGAUACCCCGCCCCCGUCGAUUACGACGCGCAAAUGUCCGCGUUCGAAAACUUCCUCGACGGCUUCAAGACAUCUCCCCAAGACACCAUCACCCAUGCGCUAGGAAACAUCGACAUUAACGAGGACGACCUGAGCGACGAGUAUGACUUCAUGGACGAGGACGACGAUGCGCAGGAACAGCGCCGCCAGAAAAGAGCUAGGAGACGCGCCCCCCGCCACAAGUACAAGGAGCUUCUUCAGGAACUGGCCGACCGCAAGAUCAACGAGAUAGUCAUCGACCUGGACGACCUGCAAUCAUGGGAGGACGAUGUCAACGAGGGCCUCAAGCUGGUUGAGUCGGUAGAGCGCAACACCAAGCAUUACGUCGAGGUCCUGUCGCGCGCCGUCGACAAGCUGAUGCCCCAGCCCAGCCAAGACAUCACAUUCAAGGACGAUGUGCUCGACGUCCUCAUGGCCAACCGCCAACAGCGCAACCGCACCCUCACCGAGGCCGCCGAGAACCUGCGCGACCCCGACAUGCUCAACGACACAUACCCCGCCCAGCUCACCCGCCGCUACACCCUCGUCUUCAAGCCCAGGACCAUGACCGAUGAUGGCCCUCAAAAAGCCCUCUCCGUCCGCCAAGUACGCGGCGACCACCUUGGCCACCUCAUCACCAUCCGCGGCAUCGCCACCCGUGUGUCCGACGUCAAGCCCAUCGUGCAGGUCGGCGCCUACACCUGCGACCGCUGCGGUUGCGAAAUCUUCCAGCCCGUCACCGAUAAGCAGUACGCCCCCCUGACUCUCUGCCCAUCUAAGGACUGCAAGGAGAACCAGGCCAAGGGUCAGCUGUACCCCUCGUCAAGGGCUUCCAAGUUCCUGCCCUUCCAGGAGAUCAAGAUCCAGGAACUCGCCGAGCAGGUCCCCAUCGGCCAGAUUCCCCGUACUCUCACCAUUCUUGCCUACGGCAGUUUGGUCAGAAAGGUUCACCCCGGUGACAUUGUCGACAUUUCCGGCAUCUUCCUCCCUACCCCUUACACCGGCUUCAAGGCUAUGCGCGCCGGUCUUCUUACCGACACCUACCUCGAGGCGCACCACAUUGUGCAGCACAAGAAGGCCUACACCGAGAUGCAAAUCGACCCCUCCCUGCUUCGCCGCAUCGCCAAGUUCCAGCAAACCGGUAACACCUACGAGUACCUCGCCAAGUCCAUCGCCCCCGAAAUCUACGGCCACCUCGACGUCAAGAAGGCUCUCCUCCUUUUGCUGGUGGGCGGUGUAACCAAGGAAGUCGGCGACGGCAUGAAGAUCCGCGGCGACAUCAACAUCUGCCUAAUGGGUGACCCCGGUGUAGCCAAAUCGCAGCUGCUCAAGUACAUCUCCAAGGUCGCUCCUCGGGGCGUGUACACCUCCGGCCGGGGUUCUUCCGGCGUGGGUCUCACCGCGGCCGUGAUGCGCGACCCUGUGACGGACGAGAUGGUUCUCGAAGGCGGCGCCCUCGUGCUCGCCGACAACGGCAUCUGCUGCAUCGACGAGUUCGACAAAAUGGACGACAACGACCGCACAGCCAUCCACGAAGUAAUGGAACAACAAACCAUCUCCAUCUCCAAAGCGGGCAUCUCCACCACCUUGAACGCGCGCACCUCCAUCCUGGCGGCCGCUAACCCGCUUUACGGGCGAUACAACACCCGUCUGUCGGCCGUAGAAAACAUCAACCUCCCUGCUGCCCUCCUCUCCAGAUUCGACAUCAUGUUCCUCCUCCUCGACACGCCCACGCGCGACACCGACGCCUUGCUCGCCAAACACGUCGCGUACGUGCACAUGCACAACCGCCACCCGGACAUCGGCACGGGUCCUGACAGCUCCGUGUUCACCCCCGAAGAAGUCCGCGCCUACGUCGCCAAAGCCCGCGAAUACCGCCCGGUAGUCCCCCAGGCAGUGUCAGAGUACAUGGUCAAGACCUACGUGCGCUUGCGCGCCCAGCAGAAGCGCGCAGAGAAGAAGAACCAGAAUUUUGGACAUACCACCCCCCGUACUUUGCUAGGUGUGGUCCGUCUCGCGCAAGCCCUUGCGCGUCUGCGGUUUAGUAACACGGUGACGCAAGAUGAUGUGGACGAGGCUUUGAGGCUGGUGGAAGCUAGCAAGGAGAGCUUGGCGCAGGAUGAUCGAAAUGCUGGUAAUAGGAGGGCGAUGAAUGCCAGUAGCAGGAUUUAUAACUUGGUCAAGGGGUUGGCGGAUAGUGGAGCUUGUCGGCCUGAUGAUGCGGACGCAGAAGAGGAGGAGGAGGAUGAGUUUGGGGUGGAGAUGAGCUUGAGGAAGGUCAAGGAACGGGUCAUUGCUAAGGGGUUCACGGAACAGCAGUGGCUUGGUGCGUUGGAUGAGUAUACUGAUUUGGAUGUCUGGCAAACAGCUGGUAACGGAACGAGGUUGGUGUUCAUUACUGCGGGUGGCGAGAGGGAGGGUAGCGAGGAUAUUUGA